AUGGAUUAUGAAAAUGUAGAAUCAUGUGGUGCGAAUGAACCACAUGUUGAUUGUUCGGAUGCGUUCAAGACUUCUCAGGUGUUUGAGUGCCGAGAGGAUGUUUUGCGGUGGGCUCAAUCCGUGGCUCAUGAAAACGGAUUUGUGGCGGUGAUUUUAAGGUCGGACACAAACACAGGAUUGGAAUCUGCUCACUCGUCUUUAAAAAGACUGUUACAAAAUAGCAUUGGAGACUUAUGCAGUGUGUGGGAUGCCAUGAACAAAAUGAUUGCGUUGCAGCACACAGAGAUUAAAGCAUCAUUUGAAACAAGUACACAUGUCGUUGGACAUGUGUUCCAAAAAAGCUUAUACAGGAGGUUGCUUGGAAUGGUUUCAAGGUAUGCUUUAAAUCAAAUUGUUGCUGAAUUAGAGCGUGUUGACUAUGCUGGCAAGAAUCCCUCAAGUUGUGGUUGCGUGGUGAGAACCACGCUUGGUCUUCCUUGUGCUUGCCAAGGGUUAUCUGAGCCCGAGGUGGGCAUCAAGGACGUAAUGGAAACAAUAUACCAAAAAUUCGAAGAACUUGAUGUUUGUGGCAAGUUUACUCUAAGAAGUAAACUUUGGGAAAUUGCACACCCUGAUCAAAAUUCGAUGUGUCCUCCUCCAGCAAAGGUUAACACAAAGGGGGCACCGAAGAAAACUACGAGCAGGAACCCAAGGUCAACAAAGUGCGAUCCAUCUUACUGGGAGUAUGUAGAUGCCUUUAAAUCACAACAAAAUAGCAAUUCGUUGGUGAGGCAUACUGCAUCAUCCUUUGAGCAACCGAAUCGAAGAACGAUGAUGCCCAUGUUGGACCAGUUUCAGCCAUUUAUGCACGACUUCAUUGAUAAGAUUGUUGAUGUCAAAGCUGAUGGUAACUGUGGAUAUCGGUCGGUUGCCAGUUUAUUAGGUAUGGGCCAAGACUCUUGGUCGGUGGUCCGCAACCAUCUGCUUAAAGAACUUGUCAAUUUCUCAUAA